UCACAGCCGCAGAGAACACAGAGAGAGAGAGAGAGAGAGAGAGAUGGGUCGCGUCAUCAGAGCUCAGCGUAAGGGUGCCGGGUCGGUCUUCAAGUCCCACACCCACCACCGCAAGGGUCCGGCCCGCUUCCGCUCCCUCGACUUCGGCGAGCGCAACGGCUACCUCAAGGGCGUCGUCACCGACAUCAUCCACGACCCCGGCCGCGGUGCCCCCCUCGCUCGCGUCAGCUUCCGUCAUCCUUUCCGCUACAAGAAGCAGAACGAGCUCUUCGUCGCCGCCGAGGGCCUUUACACCGGUCAGUUUAUUUACUGCGGUAAGAAGGCCAAUCUCGUCGUCGGCAACGUUCUGCCGGUCAGAUCUAUCCCCGAGGGAGCUGUGAUCUGCAACGUCGAGCACCACGUCGGCGAUCGUGGAACCCUAGCUAGGGCUUCUGGUGAUUAUGCUGUUGUUAUCAGCCACAACCCUGAUAACGAUACCUCCAGGAUCAAGCUUCCAUCUGGUGCCAAGAAGAUUGUUCCAAGUGGCUGCCGUGCUAUGAUUGGGCAGGUUGCAGGUGGUGGAAGAACAGAGAAGCCUAUGCUCAAGGCCGGUAAUGCCUACCACAAGUUCAGGGUGAAGAGAAACUGCUGGCCUAAGGUGCGUGGUGUGGCUAUGAAUCCAGUUGAGCAUCCCCACGGAGGAGGUAACCACCAGCAUAUUGGACAUGCUAGCACAGUCAGGCGUGAUGCUCCCCCUGGGCAGAAGGUUGGUCUCAUUGCUGCCAGGAGAACUGGUAGACUCAGAGGACAGGCUGCAGCUUUUGCUUCCAAGGAUAAGGCUUAAGAUUUAUAUGCUAAAGCUUUUAAGUGUCAUUAGGAAGGAGACCACCGUUUCUUUUGAUCUAAAUUUACUGUUUUGGAAGAACCUCUUUAUUUUUAAUCAAGACUAUCGAGUGCAUUUUGUGGUAUAAAUUUUGUUUGGUUCUA